AUGGAUGCCACUGAUAAACUGGAUGGAAGUAAGGUCACUUUCGAUGAUUCCUCGUGUAUACUGUUUCCUUAUCCAUUUAUCUUUCGUGAUCGAAAUGAACUAACGAAAUAUAUUUCCGAUGACUUAAAAACUAACCAAAUAGUCUACAAUACAAAACUUCUUUUGGGACUAUUGACGCUCGUACUACCAACGUUGAACAUGUUUAUGAUAUAUCACAGUGUAAUUCAUCAACAAGAGGACUUUGCAGAUACUUACUCAACGUUUCAUUCGAUCAUAUACUAUGGUGAAUUUAGUUUGGUACAUUUAUUAUUGUUUGGUACUUUGGUACGUCUUCUAUACAACAAUUACAAAGCUAAGAAAUCACUAUGCGCAAGUAAAGGUGAAUGGGUGAAUUUACUUGACACAGAAUUCACUUUAAUGGCAUUCAAUAUGAUAAAACUGAUUCCAAUUGUCUCAUUAAAUGGAUUUAAUAUCAUAUCAAAAGAAAUUUCAAUAAGUGUGUCAGUUUUCUCGAAUUAUUCUCGACCGAAGCGAAUUAUUUCGUUUACAAUUCUUACCUUAAUUAUUUUUAUUGAAUUGAUCACACUUAUUAGCACACUUAUUUUGCUCACUCUGGUUAAAGUCUAUCAAAUAUCAUUUGUUGGCCAUGUAAGUGAUCCGUCAGAAUGGACAAGUGACCAGUGGCUAUUGUUUAUUGGCUUCGCGGCGAAUAUUAUCAAUAUAACCGACACUCCAACAAUUAGCCAAUUAUCAUCUAUGUGGGAUCUAACUAAUAAAACAUGGUCAAACGAUGUAAAACUAUGGUUUGUUGAUGAUCAAGCAGCCGAAAGAAAAAGUUAUGUUAUCGGUCAAAUUUGUAAAGCAUUUGGUUUUAUUAAGACUUUUCUAUGGGUUCGAACCAUGACAGCCAAUGACCUACACUGUCUUGUACGUUUACCUCCGUCUGAACAACUUGAGUUGCAGAAAAACAGCAAAAACUAA